CCCCGGACCGUCGCAUAAAUGUCUCCCAGUGCGGAACUGGAGAAAACAUCAGAGUCCGCCACACAUGGCAGCGGUCGCUUGAGCAGCCGCCAGAGCCACUCCGCCAGCGACUUGGACCAGCUCGGCGAUCCGAAUGAAACCGGAUCGUACCGUACUGGGCUAGGGGCCGGGAAAGACGACCGGGAGAAGAGACCGUGUCCCCCGGAGGAAUAAAGCGGGAUUAUCCAGCCAAAGAAAGAAAAAGAAAGCGGGACGUGGAAACCGGCGGCCUGUGCGCUUUAACGGCGAGCGAGGACGCCUCGUGCGCCAUGAGAAACAUGAACGUCUCCACCUCACCGGUCGAACAUACAGACUUGGACAUCAUCCAAGAAGUGAUCACGGAGGACAGCGAGCGGUUACAAACCCACUCCUGUUCCACCCUCCCCAGGCCUCCUCCUCCACCUCGCGACCUCCUGUGCUCUACUCAGAUCUACAGGAUGCUCGAUCAGGAGUCCUCCUCCUCGUCACAGCCGGUGCUGGUCUCAAGGGGUACUACUUCCCGGCCACCUUGCUCCUUCCAUCCAGCUGUGCAGCCGUCAUCCUACCCCAAGGCAAUGGCUUCGGCUCAGCCGUGCCGAGGAGCCUCCCACUCGGGUCCGACCCGGCGCGGCCGUGGCUCAUCGUGUCCGGCGACGCCCAAGAACCCCGCGGGUCCUUCGUCCCAGGCUCGGACAGACACAGAGCUGCUGGAGCGAAUUCUGGAGAAGCCCAAACUGGUGGUGGUGGAGGAGCCCAAGGAGAGAGGGAUGAGGUUUCGCUACGAGUGUGAGGGGCGGUCAGCCGGUAGUAUUCUGGGGUCAUCCAGCACAGAGAGCACCAAGACUCAACCUGCCAUAGAGAUUCAGGGUCCCAUUGAGCACAUAAAGAGGGUUACCGUCACGGUUUCCUUGGUGACCAAAGACAUUCCACACCGUCCGCACCCCCACUGCCUCGUGGGUAAAGACUGCCCUGAAGGUUCGGGGAUCUGCGUGGUCACCCUGAACCCUCACAGCAACAGACGUCACAGCUUCACCAACCUUGGCAUCCAGUGUGUGAGGAGGAAAGAGAUGGAUGCUUCACUUCAGAAGAGAAGAAGCCAAAACAUUGACCCUUUCAGAACCGACCACUUAAAGACCAUCGAAGACAUCGAUAUGAAUGUUGUUCGUCUGUGUUUCCAAUGUGAGCUAGAGUGGGACGACAGCAGGAAGGACGCACUCAACCCUGUGGUGUCCAGUCCCAUCUAUGAUAAGAAGGCCACAACGACAUCACAGCUCAAGAUCAGCUGUCUGAACCUCAGCAGAGGCUCCUGUAUUGGCAAGACUGAGAUCUACAUGUUAUGUGACAAAGUACAGAAAGAUGAUAUCGAGAUCAUCUUUAAGCGAGGGUCAUGGGAGGCGAAGGGCGAGUUUGCCCAAACUGACGUGCACCGACAGAUUGCCAUUGUGUUCAAGAGCCCGCCCUAUCAGGAACAGGACAUCGCUGAGGAAGUUGACGUCAGCGUCGUCCUCCGUCGCCUCUCAGACCGAAUGGACAGUGCACCUGUAACCUUCACUUACCUGCCCUCCAAUCCAGAUCCAUAUGAGGUGAAGAGGAAAAGAAAGAUGAAAAAAGACAUCAAUUUUGUGGAGAGAGCAUGUGUGGCAGCCCAAACUCCGUCAGCCGUAGAACCAUCCAUCCCACAGGCCUUUCAUUUCCCACUGCCUGAAAGCAUGCUGGUCCAAGACGAGAGGCUGCUGUCUGCCCAACCCAGUGCCUCCACUCUGGGGGAAAUGAAUUAUAAUGCCCCCAUGGACUCUAACCCCUACAACCAGAGCUACGACGCCGCUGACGAUCCGACUCUCCUCAACCAGCUGCUGGAUGCGCCCAUAAUACAGGCGGUGUUAUCUGACCCAAGCCUCACCAUGUCAGUAUUGUCUGGCUUUGACCAAGAUCCUGAUUAUCAAGGGCCAUAUCCACAAGACUUUACCCAGUAUAAUGAUUUGCAGUUUAACCAUCUGGUCAAUGAGAGCCAGAACUCGCAGUGUGAGCCUCUUCCACAGGAGAGCCCCUCUCACCUGGUUCAGGUAAAGACUGAAGAGAGCCUUUGAGGAUAGAUCAGAUAGUAAGUAAAACACAGCAGAGCAUUUUUCUUCAACACAACCAAUAACAGUGUGAGACUACCAACACGGGGAUCGCUAGUUCGAAUCCCCGUGUUGCCUCCGGCUCGGUCAGGCAUCCCUACAGACACAAUUGGCCAUGUCUGUGGGUGGGAAGCCGGAUGUGGGUAUGUGUCCUGGUUGCUGCACUAACGCCUCCUCUGGUCGGUCAGGGCACCUGUUUGGUGGGGAGGGUGAACUGGGGGGAAUAGCGUGAUCCUCCCACGCGCUACGUCCUCCAAGCGAAACUCCUCCCAGUCAGGUGAAAAGAUGCGGCUGGCGACUCCACAUGUAUCGGAGGACGCAUGUGGUAGUCUGCAGCCCUCCCCGGAUAGGCAGAGGGGGUGGAGCAGCGAUUGGGACAGCUCGGAAGAGUGGGGUAGUUGGCCAGAUACAAUUGGGGAGAAAGAGAGGGGGGGGGGUAAAAAAAGAAAAGAAAAAAGGACAAAGUGAACAACCCGUGUGGAGUGUAGUUUUUCUCUUUGACCCAUGGGUUUAGAAAGAGCACCUCUGUACUCUCCUUAGCCUUUUGGCGACCUCACUUCCCUUCCUUCCUGAAAGGUCUUGCUGGUCAAGGCUUCGCUGACCAAAAGCAUUCCAAAAUUGUGUGCCCCCGUCCUGACCCGGGCAUCUGUGAGCAAAAUGUUUUGUCCUCCUUAUGCUGCUAGUAUCAACCGUGAAAGCUUAAAGCCACAGAGGUUCACACUCGCACGGCACGUAGCCACUGACUGGAAACCAUGGACACUAAGAAGAGAAGCCGUGGACGUGCAUCUUGAAGCCAGAAACAGUCAGAUCUCUUUUUAUGUCAAGCCGUUUGUCAUAAUUAAUCAUUAGUGAGGAAAAAAACGAAAAAAGAAAAGUGAAAAUGUAUAGCAUCCUACAUAUGUACAGGUCACAUUUUCGAUGUUUGUUCAGUUCCACAUAUAAUCCUUGGAAAAGUAUGUCUUUCUGUAGAAGCCAAUGGCAAUAGUGAAGGGAUUUUAGAAAAUGUAAAAAAAGAAAAGAAAAAAAGAAAAGUGUCCUGUAUUUGUAUUGUACAGUUCUCGUCUGCUGUUUCCUAUUCGCUGACGAUGACGUCACCGCCCUUGGCCUUUGUUUUGACAUGUAUUCAAACUGCACGCUGCAGAAACCAGUCCUCGCGGUCGUUGCACCGUGUGCCCGAAGUGUCCUUUGUCCCGCGGCCGUGGGCGUCACUGCUGCGCUUAGCCAAUCAGAUGCACCGAUCAAGUGUCCUUGUCAAGUGUUUUUAGAGGAAAAAAUAAAUCAACCCAAUAUUUUGUUUUGUUUUUCUCACGAU